AUGGCAGGCGGAGCAGCACCAAAGGCAGAUGAACCAGCGCCACACCCACCAAAGGAUCAGCUUCCCAAUGUUUCCUACUGCAUUACCAGUCCUCCUCCAUGGCCUGAGGCCAUUCUUCUUGGAUUUCAACAUUAUUUAGUGAUGCUUGGCACAACAGUGAUCAUACCGACUGUUCUGGUCCCUCAAAUGGGGGGAGGAAAUGAGGAGAAAGCUAAAGUCAUUCAGACUCUGCUAUUUGUUGCUGGAUUGAACACUCUGCUGCAGUCAUGGUUUGGAACCAGAUUACCUGCUGUAAUUGGAGGGUCUUACACCUUUGUUGCACCCACAAUUUCAAUUAUCCUGUCUGGUCGAUGGAGUGAUCCAAACCCUGAAUCGAGAUUCAAGAAGAUUAUGCGGGCCACUCAGGGUGCUCUUAUUGUUGCCUCAACUAUUCAAAUAAUCCUAGGCUUUAGUGGGCUUUGGCGUAACGUUGCAAGGUUUCUGAGUCCACUUUCAAUUGUUCCUUUGGUUUCUCUUGUUGGUUUCGGGCUCUAUGAGUUUGGGUUCCCUGGGGUUGCCAAAUGCGUUGAAAUUGGAUUGCCGCAGCUCAUCAUUCUGAUUCUCUUUUCUCAGUAUUUGGCCCACGUCAUACGCCCAGGAAAGAAUAUAUUAGAUCGUUUUGCUGUUAUAUUCUCUGUGGCAAUAGUAUGGAUUUAUGCCUAUCUACUUACUGUGGGUGGGGCCUACAAUGGGAAGUCACCAAGGACCCAAACAAGCUGCAGAACAGAUCGUGCUGGACUUAUUGGUGCUGCUCCAUGGAUAAGAGUUCCAUACCCCUUCCAAUGGGGAGCACCUUCAUUUGAUGCUGGUGAAGCCUUUGCCAUGAUGAUGGCUGCGUUUGUUUCUCUCGUAGAGUCUACAGGUGCCUUUUUCGCUGUCUCAAGAUAUGCCAGUGCAACCCCAAUGCCACCAUCUAUUCUCAGCCGUGGUGUAGGCUGGCAGGGUGUUGCCAUCUUAUUGUCUGGGCUGUUUGGAACCGGGAAUGGGUCAUCAGUUUCUGUUGAGAAUGCAGGCCUAUUAGCGCUAACUCGUGUUGGUAGUCGAAGAGUUGUGCAAAUAUCUGCUGGAUUCAUGAUUUUCUUUUCCAUUCUCGGAAAAUUUGGAGCAGUCUUUGCCUCCAUCCCAGCACCUAUCGUAGCUGCUUUGUACUGCCUUUUCUUCGCCUAUGUUGGUUCAUCAGGUUUAAGUUUUCUUCAGUUCUGCAACCUCAAUAGUUUCCGGACCAAAUUCAUAUUGGGUUUUUCCAUUUUUAUGGGUUUGUCUGUGCCUCAGUACUUCAAUGAAUACACUGCUAUUCGAGGCUUUGGUCCUGUCCACACAUCGGGUAGAUGGUUCAACGACAUAGUCAAUGUCCCUUUCUCGUCUGAAGCUUUUGUGGCCGGUAUAGUGGCAUAUUUUCUGGACAACACGAUGCACAAGAAGGAUUCCCAGAUAAGGAAAGACCGAGGCAAACAUUGGUGGGACAAAUUCCGUUCCUUCAAGACUGACACGAGAAGUGAGGAAUUCUAUUCCCUUCCCUUCAAUCUCAACAAAUAUUUCCCAUCUGUGUAA